AUGUCCACUGGCGGCGACGAGGCUUCUGCUGCCGCGCCCGGCUCGCUUUUCCGCAUCGCCGAUUUGCCAAUAGAGACUCAGCGCGAGAUUCUCUCUCAUUGCUCUCAAGCCGACCUCAUCUGCGUCGCCCUCGUCUCCAGACAUUUCCAUGACCUUGCUUCUGCUAUCCUGUACCGGGACUUUCACAUCAUCUUCCCCGAUGAUGACGAUCUUAGCUUCGAUUCCCCCAUCGACGGUCUCGCUGGGGGUCUCGAUACCUUCACUACUAGCGAGUAUGAUUACUCCAGACAUCUUCGGGACCUCUCCAUGGACACCUUGAGCUCUGGUCUUAAAGGAGAACGAUCCUAUCAACCAUUUUUGUAUUCAUCUACCUGCGGCAAGUUUUUCAACACUCUGCUCUACUUGACUCUCAAGAAAGCACACUUUCUCGAAUCCUUUCGUUGGAAUGUGCGAGUCGAGCUCAGCCGGCCGGUGUAUAGGCGACUGCGAGAGCUAAAAUCGCUUCGAACUCUGCACAUCCGCAUGCAGGCCGGCGACUCCUACUACUCGAGGCCACCACCUCUUCCUAUAAGCUUCCACCAGCACCAAUCGCCACCCAGUCCAAUUUAUGGCCACUCUCACUGGUCGAGCACGUCAUACCCGCCUAUCCAGUCAUCUAUGGCCUCGCCACAUCCUAUCUCGCAGAAUCUCUCGCAGAACCAACCCCACACCCGAUCCAGGUCUGCUUCCAAGAGCCGGGUUCCAAAGCAGCCGCAGGAUGCCGCGAGACUGUCAGGGUUCAGCAACCUUAAAUCCUUGGCCGUCCUGGAUAUUGACGACAUGAACCUCGUGACAGAGAUAGCGGACUCUGUCAAGAAUUCGCAUUCAACUUUGACAGAGCUAGAGCUGUCUUUAUCCCGGGCUCUGGCAUCUCAGGCCAGGAAAGCUUCGCAUGAGUCGGACGUUGAGGAAUCCACAGAUGAAGAUUUCCCCAGCGCGACAAACAAUCUGCAUCCAAGUUUUGCACCAGCUGAACCAGUUCGAAAUUUCAGAGCUCAGGAGGAAUGGAAGAAGCAGGAGGCUCUCCUUGGAAAAAUUCUUGGCGUCGAGCCCAGUCUUCAGAAGAAGCCUCAGAUGAAGCUGGAUGCGUCCAAUACCAAAGCUGGAGAGCCUACUAGGGACACCCCUCCGGAAGUGGCGCCAGGUGAAGAGUUCAUCACUUCCCUCAAGGGCAUUUCAUCCAGAUUGUUGACUCUCCAAAACAACCUGACAGAGUUUUCAGCAUCCCACCAGGAUAUACUCAAUACAAUUGUACAGGCUGCGCGGAAAUAUGUGGAAUCUGAUAUGCCGAGUUGGAAACAAAAUCAGGACGAAGAGAAGCAGGCUGAUGGUGGAGAUGGCAAUAACGAACACCGGCCUAGCUCAUCUACCGUUUCCGGUUCUGCUACUACAAAUCCCGAAACUUCUGGGAAUGCUCUUGUGGUAACUUCGUUGGAAAAUCUCAACACACUACCCGUGAGGCAGAAGUUUGGGAACACUUCAUCUGCAGAUGGCAACGUUAAGAGCAAUGAGACUGCUGAGGAACUUGCUCGUGACGGUGGCCAGUUGCAUCAUACAGUCGAAUCCGGAGACCUUCUAUCUCCUGCGGAACCUUCUGCUUCUCCAGCAAACACUUAUUUAUCCGUGGACGACCCUGUCAGGCGUCGUCGUGACGAUGUUUCCUCCUUGCGCGAUCUUUGCGGUAGCAAUGUGCCCACGAGCAAAGCAAACCAGAUGGACGACUAUAUUCGCAGUACAAGAGGGCUCGCUAUCGAAGUGCUGAGAAUCGAUCUGCUUCCCACCAAGGCCUCAGUUAUUUGCCGAGCAUUGAAUCUGAGCGUCCUGAAAGAGCUGACUUUGCUCAAUGUCGGCAGCCAGGCACCUAUUUGGACAGCUCUGGCCAAAGAAAAUGCCGCCAAGCCACUACCUCUUCGCAGUAUUUUUACGGACAACGUUUCGACCACCUUUUUGAACUUUGCAUCUCGCCUGGAGGAGCUUCACGAGCUGUUCCUACUCGAGCGCAGCGUCGAUCACCUCCCCGCUAGCUUCACACCAAGAGCUUCCGUCACCAUUGACCAGAUUCGCCGGCUCGUGCUUAAAAAGCAUAUCCGUACACUUAAGCGCCUGAUGAUCAAAGAUGAGUCAAAGGAGGCCAAUUGGGACGCCAACGAGAAGACUAUGAUGACGAUCUGCGUUCAAGGAUCAAAUUUGGAAGAGCUGGCAGUGAGCAUGAACCGUAAUGCAGUUCAUAUUUUCAUGCAGUACUUCCACGAGCUGGUCAACCUACGUGCGAUUAAUAUUCUGCACUUCAAGAACAACGACACUUGUUUAUGGGUCGUUCGCGAGACGCUGCGCUUCAUGGUGGACAACCUCUCGCACUAUCCUAAAAUGAAGCUCGAGUGGAUUGCCAUGGAGGAUGACCGUGUGGACCGCGUGGUGCGACCGGGAGAGUCGGAGGACGAGGAUUUUUGCAGGCAGCGACUUCCCAGGUCGGAGCAGCCCGUCGACACGGUGCCGUGGGUGGUCACCGAUUCUGAGCCGCAUCCUUCUUCUGGCCAUGCCAGCGAUGCCAGCCUUCCACUGUUCCCGUCAGACGCUCUUGAUAGCGACGAGAGCGAUGACGAGCUGCCCCAUGAUGCUGGGUCUCGGCUGCGUUACACGACGGUUGGUCCCAUGCAAUUUUACGACGUAUGGGGUAUCAAAAUUUUUGAAAAGGAGAUUCGAAGUGGACGAUUGUAG